GUUAUCACCCCAAAUCACAAAGAUUAUGACUCGCGCAGGUGCUCUUUCAGUGCUGGUGAACUUCAGUUCAAAAGCUCCACGUGCAGAAAGGGAUUUGAGCUCCUAUUUUAUUUUUAAGAACCCAAAUCAUCAGGGGGAAAAAUUUCUCUAAAAUCCCUGGAAACGUCUGCAGCGAUGUGGAACCCUGAUCCUGGAGCUUGACGGCAGAUAAGGUGCGACACUUUUGGUUCUAAGUAGUCAUUGGUCACGCCUGGAAAUUGGGAAUAACAACGCCUAUUUCUUUUUCCAGUAACGCUGCGCUGUACCGUAAUCUUCUCGCCGGUUUUUAUUUCCCUGUGGUACCAGCUCCUUGACGGUCAGGGGUUGGGCCUGGUCCGGUUCAUCCCCAGGCCGGCACAGUGCCCGGACCCACGUGUAGGGAAACGAAUGAAUGGGAAGUCGUCGGGAGGUGGUCGGGACAAGCGGAAGGACAGCGUGCGUCCCGCAUCGGUCACUGGACCACGAACCGUCGACCCCGCUGUCAGCAAGGUUAACAGCCACAGUUCCCAAGGCUCCCGCCUAUCCUCCCAGGAUGCUCCGCGCCAGCUGCGCUCGGGGAUUGGCUGUGCCACCUCACGUGACGACGGCGGCGGUUGCCGGGGCGACUGCUGUAAAGGUGGCGGCCGAGCCGGGUAGGCGCGAGUGUCUGAGGCAGAGCAGCAGAUUUUUGCUGUGAGGAUUGACAGUAAUAGUUCAAUAUGGGGGAUAUUCUGGCUCCUGAAUCAGAAUUACUUGGACUAGUGAAAGAGUAUUUAGACUUUGCCGAAUUUGAAGACACCUUGAAAACAUUUUCAAAAGAAUGCAAAAUAAAAGGAAAACCAUUAUCUAAAACAACAGGUGGCUCUUUAAGGGACUCCCAAUCAUUGAUAAUCCAGAAGGACCUCAUUGCUGCAUUUGACAGUGGAGACCAGAAGGUGUUCUUCGACUUGUGGGAGGAGCACAUUCCCAGUUGCAUCCCAGAUGGGGACUCCGUUGCCCAGAAGUUGGAGUUCUACCUUCACAUCCACUUUGCCAUCUAUCUUCUGAAACACUCCGUAGGGAGACCUGACAAAGAGGAACUGGAUGAAAGGAUUUCUUAUUUCAAAACCUACCUGGAGACCAAAGGGGCAGCACUGAGCCAGACCACGGAGUUUCUACCUUUCUAUGCCCUGCCUUUUGUUCCCAACCCUAUGGCCCACCCCUCGUUUAGAGAGCUCUUCCAGGAUUCUUGGACUCCAGAAUUAAAGUUGAAGUUGGAAAAGUUUCUGGCUUUAAUUUUUAAAGUCAAUAACACACCAAAGCUUUUAACAUUAUAUAGGGAGAAUGGACAAGGUAACAAAGAAAUGCUGCAGCAGCUCCACCAACAGCUGGUAGAAGCUGAGCGUAGGUCGAUGACAUACCUGAAGCGGUACAAUAAAAUCCAGGCGGACUACCACAAUCUCAUCGGAGUCACGGCAGAGCUGGUGGACUCCCUGGAGGCGACGGUCAGUGGCAGGAUGAUCACGCCCGAGUACCUCCAGAGCGUGUGCGUCCGCCUCUUCAGUAACCAAAUGCGGCAGAGCCUGGCACACAGCAUGGACUUCACCAGGCCUGGGACGGCUUCAACCAUGUUAAGAGCCUCCUUGGCACCUGUAAAACUGAAGGAUGUCCCAUUACUGCCCUCUUUGGAUUAUGAGAAACUGAAGAAGGAUUUGGUUUGGGGGAGUGACCGCUUGAAAGCCCUCUUGUUGCAGGCUCUGCGCUGGCGCUUGACCGCAUCCCAUCCUGGAGAGCAGAGGGAGACUGUUCUGCAAGCCUACGUGAGCAAUGACCUCUUGGACUGCCAUAGCCACAGCCAGAGGAGUGUGCUUCAGCUGCUGCACUCAAAGAGCGAGGUGGUGCGGCAGUACAUGGCCCAGCUCAUCAAUGCUUUCGCGUCGCUGGCAGAAGGUCGCCUCUACCUCUCCCAGAACACAAAGGUGCUGCGGAUGCUGGAGGAAAGGCUGAAGGAGGAAGACAAGGACCUUGGCACACGGGAGAAUGUUCUCGGGGCCUUGCAGAAGUUCAGCCUCAGGCGCGCACUGCAAACAGCGAUGAUUCGAGAUGGGCUCAUCUUCUGGCUGAUUGACAUUCUGAAGGACCCCGACUGCCUGUCUGACUAUAUGCUGGAGUACUCGGUGGCUUUGCUCAUGAACCUCUGCCUCCGGAGUGCAGGGAAGAAUAUGUGUGCCAAGGUGGCCCAUCUCGUGCUGAAAGUUCUUUCGGAUCUGCUUGGCCACGAAAACCACGAGAUACAGCCAUAUGUGAAUGGAGCUCUGUACAGUAUCCUUUCUAUUCCAUCUAUUCGUGAGGAAGCAAGAGCAAUGGGAAUGGAGGACAUCCUUCGCUGCUUCAGCAAAGAAGGCGAUGCUGAAAUGACCCGCCAGAUCGAAUUUAUCAUCAAGCAGCUCAAUUCAGAAGAGCUACUGGAUGGUGUUCUUGAAUCGGAUGAUGAAGAGGAGGAAGAUGAUGAAGAGGACCAUGACACUAUGGAAGCUGCUCUGGACAAAGAUGAACUGAUCCAGCCCCAGCUUGGAGAACUCUCAGGGGAGAAGCUUCUGACCACGGAGUACUUGGGAAUCAUGACCAACACCGGGAAGACGAGGCGGAAGGGGCUGGCCAGUGUGCAGUGGGGCAGCAGCGAGCCCCUGCACCGGCCAGUCACGCCCAGCGGCCGCAGGACCGAGUGCCCAGUUCUGGAAGAGCAUCGCAUUUCUCCCCAGAUGGCUCAAAAUGCCAGAAACAGCUGCCUGCCACCCCUGCCCAGUGCCCACCUUCCAGUCUACAAGGAGGGCGAGCACCGUGACUCUGAGCCCUGUGUUUCCUCUUCGUGUAAGGGCAUUGGCAGCAUGCGGGGGGUCGACUUGGGACUCAUGAGGCCUAGAAUCUAAUGCAGCAGCAGCAGUGGCGAUCUGGAAAGGCCUCGGGCCUGUUCGUGGGGAGCCCUCUGACCUCAGCUUCUGCCCUGCCUCAUACGGGCUCCCGGGCCUGCAGUCCCAUGGCCAGACCGGACCGUGGGCUGCUCCAAAGCCCCUUCUCUCUGAGCACCGAGCCCACUGCUCAACAUCUGCAAGCAAUGUGGGCAAUCAGCCGUGUUUGGUGUGAGAUUUCAGAGUAGGAAUCUCAGAACAAUGUGGAGCUCUGACCAAGGCUUUGUCACCUCACGCUCUGCUGCUGAGACGACCAGCAGUGGGUUGGAAGGCUGGAAUGAGUCACAAAUGUGUGACUAGGAACAAAAACUGCUGUGGGACUCAAAAACACAUUUUGAAGCAUCUAGUUGGGUUCACCAAAGGCUGAUGGGGAUGAAAGUAUUUUUUAGAUGCCAGAAAAAAUAUAUAUGCUUGAAUAAGAAA